AGCUUUCCUCUUAAAAGUCAAAUAGAGUCAACGAGAGAUGACUGUCACCCACAUAGUCCUGUUCAAGGUAAAACCUGACAUACCUCCUCAACAACUUGCGGAAUUUGAUACGCAAGUUCGGUCGUUGAAGCAAGUUCCCGGAGUGCAAAAGCUCUCAUUUGGUCCCACUUUCAAAACCGACAGGGCUCGAGGAUAUACACAUGCUCUUGUUGUAGAACUCCCCAAUCAGCAGGCUUUGAAUGAUUACGCUGCCAACGAACAUCACGUAACUGUCAUCAAAAAUCACAUCCGUCCCGCCGUCAUGGAAGACGGCAUUUUAGCCAUGGAUAUCGAACAAUAGAGCUAGUCUGGCAUGUCUCUGACCCAUUCCUGUGAUCCCCUAUUCGACAUAUCCCGGCUUCAUGAUCAAUUUUAUAAAUAUUUACGGGGUUUAUUUACGGGGUUAACAGCAUGUAUUUCAUUCCAACCCUAAAUCUUGCCCUAUCCGUCGCAAACAAGCUCUGAUGCCUUCUACCACCGCCGCCUCGUCCGCUGCUGCUGACUCUCGGGUGGUUCCAUUUCGCGCUAUCACAGCUAAUAACUCACACAACAUGGGGUAUAAGGCAAACAGAUGUGCCGAUCUGCCUGCGAGAAUGUGCGACCGCAAUGGAUCUAUUCAACAAGUGUAAGUUAUUCUAUCACCGAUACCGAGCAGAAGAUGUCAUAAACAGUCCGCGUCAGGUACGUACGCAUUUUAUCUUCACCCAAGUGCCGUACAAGCACACCAGGCCGCAUAUUUAGCGAUUGCAAAUGUCGCAUAACGAGCGCUAUCUCGUCAUUGCGAACUCUCGGCAGAGGUAGUUGACCAUAUAGUGGUCGAUCCGUUGCGUAAGAGCGGAUCACGAACUUGCACUUCUCUAGCAUUACAGGACCAACCACUUCUGCUAUGCGGGUCCUUACUUGCGCUGUAUCUGUACAAACAAUAACAUUAGUGUGAUCGUAAUGAGA